AUGACACCUAAAAAACAAAUCAUCUCAUCUUCUUGCCCACUUAACAACAUUUCAUUACAAGUUCAUGUAUGUCUUGUUGGAACAUCAAAUGAAUAAUAUCUUGAUGAUGAAAAAUAUUCAUAUGAUCAAUUCAAAGAUCAAAUUAUGUCUAAUCUCAAAUAUACUUGACAUGAGGAUAAUAUUAAAGUGUAUUAUAGUUAUGUUAAAUGACGUGACUUAGUCGUUGUAUAUUAAAUCACGUAAAUAUAAAAUUUAUAAAACUCGAAAAUAUAAAUUUUUGGAUAUUUAAAAGUAUUUCUAAAUAAAUAUAUCAAUUAUAAUUCAAUAAAACUUCCAAAAAUAGCAGUAAUUUCCAAGGUCGAUCACAAGGAUGUAAUAUAAUAUUUUGUAAUUAUUUAGAUUUUUUUCUCAAUUAAUACGAUUUUCUAUGAAUUUUAUACUAGGAAAUGAAAAGGAAAUAUAUUUAAAAUUCACGAGAAAAAGGAAAUAAGGGUGCAGACGUCAGGAUGACGUCGGCGCCCGGCGAACGCGAAUCGGGCGGAAACAGAGUUCUGCCUGGCGAUUCUUACGUAAGCGAUUAAAUUAAUCAAAUUAAGAUCUGUAAAAGCCGGAAGAAUCGUAAUUGAACGAAGUAUAUUUUGGUAAAUUAAAAUCACACAAAGUAUCACUAAAUGAAGCGUAAAUUAAAUUGAAAGCAGGAAAAAAGAGUUCUGGCGUCGCAACGGCGAUGCGUCGGCGAUGCAUCGGAAUCCUUAGCGUUCGGGAGGGUCGUUGUGCAGUGUUCACGGCCUCGAAGGCUCUCUUUGGACAAAGACGACGUGGGCAAUCUCUAGAUCUUCUCGCGAAGUCUAGAGAUCACUGAAAUGGGUCGUCGAGUCGUCUCCGGCGGCUAUCACCCGGUGGAGCGGAAAAACGGCGACUUUGUGACUCUCUGGCGGCUGUCACCCGACGGAGAGGAGCUGGAUGGAGGUGGGGCGCGUGUCAGGGAGCUUCAUCCUCAGGUCCGCGCAGCAAGAGGAGGCUCUUUAUCGCAUCUGGUACGCUCUUAGGAGGUGGCGACUCGUCUCCCGGCGGAUCGUCCUCUUCCCGACGACGGCUUGUUCGUCGAUCAAUCGGAGAUGA